AUGUCGUCUCUCAAAUUGGACUAUGUGGGCCUCGACGACAUUCCCACAGUGGCUCUCCUGGACCGCGAAGCUUUCUACAAAAAUGAACACCCUUACAUCGAAAUCAUGCAUCCAGACAGCGAGACUCCCGAGGGGUUCGACCGCAAAGUCGAGCAGUGGCGAGAACGUUUGAACGGUCUUCUACCCAACGAGCAUUUCUUCAAAGUCACCGAUACCGCCACAGGAAAGAUCAUCUUGACUGGGACCUGGUAUACACCUUGCAAAAGUGAGGACAAUCUCGCAAAACUUAGCCAAGAACCGAAGAUCUCAGGUCCGUAUUGGAGAUCCGAGGACGACCUUGCCUGGGCACAGUAUCUCAGCAUCCGCUAUACCCAACGUCGAAGAGAAGCUUUCCUACACUACAAAGGCCAGCUCUUCGCCAUCAAGCAUCUCACUGUAGACCCAGCGGCGCAAGGCAAGGGUGCGGGUGCAGUCUUUAUGCAGUGGGGCAUUGAGGAGGCCGAUCGAGAAGGACUGCAGUGUGUGGUCGAGUCCAGCAUGAGAUCUGAAGGCUACUAUCGCAAGUGGGGCUUCGACCGAAUUGAGCAUGUGAGAUUCGAGAUUCCACAGGAAGAAGAGCGAUGGUUAGGAAAGGGUGUACAGGAGUAUGUCUGGAUGUUGAGAUCACCAAGAUCUUCGACGACCUUUUGA